AUGUCCUCCACCGCAAGUACAUCCAAGCCGACGGAGAACUCAAAGACAUCCGAGAAACAAAAGACGGAUGAGACCCAACAUCUCGGCGUCUUGGAGGAAGACGACGAGUUUGAGGAGUUCCCGGCCGCAGGUGCGCCAACAUGUCCACGAGCGUGUUCUGUAGCUGAGGGGAAGCUGCACACAUCAGAUUGGGACGACUCUGAGACUGACCUCGCGCACUUGGGUGGCACUGCUCCUGGCGUUGCCAAGUCAGGAGGCGACAAGUUAUGGGAGGAUAACUGGGACGAUGACGAUAUCGAAGACGAGUUCAGUAUACAGCUAAGGAAUGAACUCACGAAGAAAGAAAGCAAGGGCGCGGAGGUCAUGCAACACUAG